GGCCAAUAGCCACAGUUUAUUUUUGGGCUUUUAUGUCGAAGGAUUACCCCGCGGUCCGAUAUGGGUUUCUUGGAGACGGGGGGGAUCCUCUACUGAACCGUAAACCUCAUUAUCUUAAACCUAACAGAGGUAAACUAGCUACUACCACGGCAUUGGUUUUUAUUAGAUUUCAGAGCAAUGGCUGGCUCCAAGACUAGCCCCACAAUAACGGGCCGGGGCGCUGAGAAUAAUCCUCAACCUCCAACACCAAAUGUGGCUACGAAAGACCGUUUUCGUUUCCGAAGUUUAAUUUCCAAGAAUAAGAACCCGACAAAUGGUUCGGCAUCUGCGUCCAAUAGUGUGACCACACUCACAGGAAAUGCAGCUCCAGGUUCGUCAUCCGCGGUGCCUGUCACCACACCUAACCCAAACUCGGGAUUGGAUACGUUCGCUACCGCAACCGAGGCUCCGAUUUCUGAGCUAUGGAACGAAGCAUGGGAUGAACUUCGGAAGAAUACCGCCCUAUUCGAGGAUUACGAAAAGAGACUCACCGCUUCCUCAUCUUCUGUGGGGCUUCCAAGCUUCGAAAAGUGUGAGAGGGCCCAGAUGAUGAAAGUACUACUAGAAAAGAAGAUUGACGAACUGGAAAGUGGACAGUGGAAGAUCGGGUUUCAAAACAAUCAAUUUGCUGUAAAGGACCUGAUUGAGCCAGUUGUUGGAGUGAUAGAUUGGGCGAAAGAGUAUAUCGGUAAGGCAGCGCAGGCUUCGCCUUAUUCUUCUGUUGCUUGGGCUGGUGUUUGUCUCUUGUUGCCGCUUGUGUUGAAUCCUGGGGAGCAAGAAGCCGCACGAGCAAAGUGCCUUGAGGGCAUUGCUGCUCUACUACGCCAAUGCUCAAUUAGAGAAGCUUUGUACCGGAAUAGCUACGAUGACAACACGGAAAGAAAGGAGGCAAACUUGACAGUACAUAUAAGUUAUCGGGAAGAACUAAAGAUACUAUACGUCAAAAUUCUCACGUUUCAGGCUACCUGCCUUUGCCAUCUUUCGUAUCGCACUGGAGGGAGAAUCAUACGUGAUAUGGCUAUCUGGACCGAUUGGGAUGAGUUAUCGACAGCUAUUGACGUCCAGAAAGAACGCAUGGGCGAAAUCGAAACGCAGUGGAGAGAUUUCAAGUUACAAGAUCAGUGGAACAAGGAAAAAAAGCGCCACAGUGAACAUAUGAACUAUCUUGAUCCAAUGUCCAAUGAGAUUCGCCGCAUAAGAGAGGUCACUGAAAAGGCACAAAAUGACAAGUUUCGGCUGGGUCUCCUACAAUGGCUAUCGUCGGAAGAUUUUUCUGCAAGAUACAACGACAUCUGGAGCAGGCAUGAGGAAUCGACUGGCGAUUGGUUAAUUGAAAAUAACCGCUACCAUGAUUGGAAGAAAAAACAAAGUUCUUUCCUUUGGCUUUAUGGAAAAGCUGGAUCUGGAAAAUCAUACUUAAGCGCCCCUGCGAUUCACAGCCUUACAGGCUCCUGUGAAAAUUCGCCAUAUAAAGCGCUUGCUUACUACUACUUCAGCUUCACUGAGCAGCCGGAACAAGACGCAUCUAGAAUGCUCAGCUCAAUGAUAAGACAGCUGUGUGGAGCAAGACCAGACAGCCCAGCCUGGCUGAAUAACCUAGGGUCUACUUUCCGAGAUAAAGGGGCUCGUCCUACGCUAGAGCAUCUUGAGGGUGCACUAUGGAACGCAGUCGAGGGAUUUAACGCCGUCUACUUAAUUAUCGACGCCUUAGAUGAGUGUACAACGUCGAAAAGUACGAGAGCGACUUUGAUGAAAAGUUUGGUCAAGCUUCAAAAAUGUUCACCCCCUAACGUGCAUAUUCUUGUUACGAGCCGGAAAGAGCCAGAUAUCGAGGCUGCCUUGGAUAGAAUGCCUCUUGCUUCAGAAGAGAAGAUCGAUCUGUUUGAAUUUCGUGACGCAGUGAACCACGAUAUGGAUAUCUAUUUGCAGCAGAAGCUCGAUUCUCCCGAAUUUGACAACAUGUCGGAUGACACAAAGACACUCGCAAGGAGUUUGUUGCUUGAGAAGGCCGAUGGCAUGUUUCAAUAUGUAGCCCUUCAGCUUAUCGAGAUAGAAAAUAGUCUAGGGGAAGAUAUACCUAAACUCCUGGCAAAUUUGCCACAAGGUCUUGACGAGACGUAUAUCCGUAUGCUCAAGAGUAUUGACUCUCGGUAUUAUCCAAUAGUCUAUCGAAUUCUUCUAUGGAUCGCAAUGUCUAAGGAACCAUUAAGUCCCAAAAUGCUCGCCGAAGCAGCAGUCAUUGACCCAAGGGCAGAAUCUCCAUUUGAUCCACGAAAAAGAAUGAAAGGGCUUGAAAAACCAAAAGGAUUGCUGAAGUUGCUACCCGGCUUGCUUCGUGAGGAAGAGCAAGUCCGACGCGGCAAUGUUGGAUAUAGGCUGUGGAUUAAGUUCUCGCAUUUUUCGGUCCAGGAGUUUCUCUUUUCAACUAAUCUAAGACUAAAUCCAAUAGAAGAAGUCUCAAGAUAUGCGUUGCACAAAGAUGAAGCAAACCAUUUUAUGGCCGAGUCCUGUAUUUGCUACCAUCUAUACGCUAGCCAAGUUAAAGACGUAACGAAAGACAACUACCAGAAGCUUUUCCCUAUCUGGAAGUACGCAAAUUCAUACUGGGCGGAGCAUAUGGAAGAUCUUGAUGAGGAGCUUUGGACGCUUCCGUUAAAGGAGAAGGUGCUUCUUGCCCUUAAACCAAACACGGACAGCUUCCUUAGCAUGAUACGGAUGUGUCACAUCGGAUUGACGUAUUCUUACCAUCCAUCGAUCAAUCCGGAUCCUUAUUCAGCAAAUCCUGUGUAUUACAUCUCUGCAAAUAGAUAUCAACGGGUUUUGUCAUUCUACUUGAAAGAAUUGGAUACUAAGCAACUUGACGCUCAGAUCAACUGUCAACUAAUCAAAGCGCCAGGUUCUUUUGGUAGCCCACUUCAAGCUGCAGCAUAUCAUGGCGGAGAUAAAAUAAUCAAGCUGCUUAUACAACGGGGAGCAGAUGUUAAUGCGCAAGGUGGGUAUUUUGGCAACGCCCUGCAAGCAGCAGCAUCAUUAGGCCAACAAGAAGAGAUAGUCAUGCUCCUUUUAGAACAUGGGGCUGAUGUUAACGCUCAAGGUGGACAUUAUCACACUGCCCUUCUAGCUGCGUUACAUGGAAACUCAGAAGAAAUAGUGGAGCUUCUUAUAUCACAGGGGGCUGACAUCAACGCCCAAGGUAGAUAUGGUGAAACUGCCUUACAUGCUGCAGCAUGUUCUAGCUCAGAAAAAGUAAUAAGGCUGCUCCUAGAACUUGGGGCUAAUGUCAACGGUCAAGGUGGAUAUCAUGGAAAUGCCUUACAAGCAGCAGCGUGUAGGGGGAGGGAAGAAAUAGUUAGGCUUCUCCUAGAAUAUGGGGCUGACGUCAACGCCCAAGAUGGAGGCUAUGGCAAUGCAUUGGAAGGAGCAGCAAUGGGAAGACAAAGCGGAUCAGAAGAAAUGGUGAAACUCCUUCUAAAGCUAGGCGCAGAUGUUAAUGCUCAAGGUGGAAUGUAUGGCAACGCCUUACAGGGGGCAGCAUCUUCUGGAAAUAAAGGAAUAGUAAAGCUACUCAUAGAGCUGGGUGCUAAUGUUAACGCGCAAGGUGGAAAAUUUGACACUGCUCUACAAGCAGCAGCAGCCUGUAGACAAGAAGGGGUAGCCAAGCUACUUCUACAACGGGGUGCGGACGUUAAGUGUCAAGGCGGGCUGUAUGGCAAUGCCUUACAAGCAGCAGCAAGGGAUGGAUCAGAGAAAUUAGUCAAACUUUUUCUAGAGCAUGGGGCUGACGUUAAUGCUCAAGGUGGAAAGUAUGGCACUGCCUUACAAGCUGCAGCAUCAUCAUAUUGGGCCUCUGUAGAAAUAGUCAAGCUGCUACUAGAAAAGGGGGCCGACGUCAACGCUAAAGGCGGAGAGUACGGCAAUGCCUUACAAGGAGCAGCUUCAGGAGGAUUGGUGGACAUUAUCAAGCUCAUGCUAGAACAUGGAGCGGAUAUUAACGCUGAAGGUGGACACCUUGGAAGUGCUUUACAAGCAGCAGCAACAACGGGGUCAGAAGACAUUGUCAAGCUGCUUCUAGAUCAUGGGGCUAAUGUCAACGCCCAAGGCGGAUUCUAUGGCACUGCCUUACAGGCAGCAGCAUCACCAUCACCAUACGGUUCAGAAGAAGUAGUCAAGCUCCUUUUAGAACAUGGGGCUGACGUCAAUGCUAAAGGAGGUAAGUAUGGGAGCGCCCUAAAGGCUGCACAGAAUUGUUAUGAGGAUGACAUCAUGGAUCUCCUUCUUGCACAUGGUGCGGCAGAACAAUAGGAUAGAAACCGGGGGGUUUCUGUUGUCCUGGCUAAGACGAUGGCGACUAACUCGGCUCGUCUAUUUUCAUGUCAGGUAUUACUCGUGUUCAAAUAUCUGACAAGCUAUUAGAAUGAUUACUUUGAACAUAUACAGCGAUGUAAGGUCUCUUGAAUAGUUAGGGUAAUUCUAUGAAGA